AAGCAAUUGGUCAUCUGGCCAAGGGAAUGCUUUGAACAGCUCUGAACAUUUGCAGUGAGUUAUGAAGGAAAUCGUGACUAUCCAACUUGGAGGUUUUGCCAACUUCAUUGGCUCUCACUUUUGGAACUUUCAGGAUGAGUUGCUUGGGUUGGCUGAGGAUCCCGAUGCAGAUCCAGAUCUACAAGAAUAAAUCUUUGGAUAUGGAUGUGUUCUAUCGUCUUUGGUGAAACAGCACAGGGUCUUCCUACCUAUACUCCCCGUUUGGUCUCAAUCGAUUUUCAAGGAUCUCUCGGUUCCCUGAGUUCAUGUGGUUCAUUGUAUAAUGAGGUCCCAUCUGAUCCAUCACCGGUUGUCACAUGGACUGGCAGUGUUUCCAGGCAUGUCUCUGAACCACGCAAGAAGAAUCUGUUUUUGCAAAGCUUGUAUGAGGAAGAGCAAGAGACACCAAGUACGUUAAGAAAUGAUAUCAAGGAAAAGAAUGAUGAACGUCAAAGCGAAAUGCAGGACAAAGACAUUGUUGAGUGUCUAGAGAACAGUGUUCAAUUUUGGACGGACUACUCGAAAGUGCAUUAUCAUCCCCGAAGUUUAUAUGAAUUAAAUGGACUAUGGAUGGAUGUUCAAGAAUUUGACAAUUAUGGAAUUGGCAGAAAUGUCUUUUCUGAGGGUUUAAGGGGAGAAGAAAUGAAUGAGCAGUUGCGGUUCUUUAUGGAAGAGUGUGACCACAUUCAGGGUAUCCAAUUCAUCGUUGAUGACUCGGGAGGUUUUUCCAGUGUAGCUUCAGAUUUCUUAGAGAACAUUGCAGAUGAAUACACAAGAACUCCAGUUUUGCUUUAUGCUGCACGAGGUCCUGGCAGUUAUUUGAACAAUAUAAGUCGGAAGGAGUCCAUCUCAAGAGCUCUUAAUGAUGCAAUCUCAUUUUCAAGACUAUCAUCCUUCUGCAAAUUGAUUGUACCCGUUGGAUUACCUUCCCUGAGUCAAAGUACUGUGUCAAACUUCCUCUGCAUAGAGGACUCAAAGCCUUACCAUUGCAGUGCAGUUUAUGCUGCUGCCCUGCACUCCAUGAGUCUCCCAUUCCGGAUGCAGCAGCUUGGAACCAGUGAAAUCUUAGAUGGCGUCUCUGGUGCUGUGGAUGUUAAUGGGGUCAUACAAAUGUUAGCUGGUCAAGCUAGGGAAAAUAUGGUGACCAUUUUGGAUGCUGCAAUGCCAGCUCCUUCUUUGACUGGUGAACAAAAGAAGCAAUCUUUGCAAGAGAGUUUGCAUUCCUUGACACCAGAGGUUGCUGAGGAUGUGGAAGAUAUGCAAGCAGUAGAACACCUGACCAUUCAUGGAGCCCUCAGAUCAGGAGCUAAUCGGGCCACAAUUUCUGAGGUACAGGAUUCAUUCUAUGCUGCUUAUCAAAAUUCAUCGACGGGAUCAAAGUUCUCACAUCUUUCAGUAGCUCACUGUCCCCUCCCAAUACCACUGCCUUUUCCUUCAAUCUUUGGGAACCUUGUAGGGCAACAUGGGGAGUUUCUGGGAAGCCCAGUAUGUGGGUCUAAAAGGGGAUCAGUUGACGUUCAUUCAAUCCCUAUGGCAGUAAGAUUACGUUCUAGCACUGCUAUCUUGCCAUACAUUGAAAAACGAUUGGUCAACCUUCGCAGGUUUGGUAUUGAUAGGGGAACUGCAGGGUCUGAGUUACUCCGUAGUUGGGGUUUUGGUAAGGAUGAAUUAGAGGACAUGGGAGAAGGAUACUCUAAGAUGAUUAUGGCAUUGGAUCCGCAUGCUCCAGUAUCCUCUGAUUCAGAAUAAGAUUUCAGUUACUGUAUAUCCAUUUUUUGCGUUGUAAUGUUCUUAUUUUUCUUUAGGAAACUCUUUUACAUGUACUUUGUAACAUAGCAUGUGUGGUAUUUU